AGUGCAAAAACAGAGGCUGGCAACUCAUGAUGGAAUUCUUCACCUUGGUGUUAGGUCUCUUGUUGGUGCUGUGGAGUCUGCGGGCAUGGAUCUCCGCACUCAUCCCUGGCACAAGCCACAGACGGCUCCCACCAGGCCCCGUCCCUCUGCCCAUCGUUGGGAGCCUCUUCGAACUUGGUAACAAACCCAACGAGUCGCUCGCCCGACUUGCUCAGACCUAUGGUCCACUCAUGACUCUCAAGCUCGGUCACUUAACGACCGUCGUUGCUUCUACUGCCAACAUGGCCAAAGAGGUCCUCCAAACCCACGACCAGGCUCUCGCCGGUCGAAUGGUCUUGGAUGCCGUUCGGGCGCUGAACCACUACCAGGCAUCCGUUAUAUGGCUCUCCCCCUCCUCCCGAUGGCGAAACCUUCGCAAGCUCUGCAACAAUCAGAUCUUUACUUCACAGAGACUCAACGCGAGCGAAUCGUUGCGUCGGCAGAAGAUAGAAGAGCUUGUCGCUCAUGUACGUGAAAGUGUUCAGAUGGGUCGACCCGUUGAUAUUGGUCAGUCCGCAUUCGCCACCUCCCUUAACCUCCUAUCCAACACCAUGUUCUCCCUUGACCUGGCCCGUCCAGGAUCAGAUACCGCACAGGACUUCAAAGCAGUGGUGCGGAGAAUUAUGGAAGAAGCAGGAAAGCCAAAUCUUUCGGAUUAUUUUCCUAUAGUGAGACCAUUAGACUUGCAAGGUAUAAAACGCAGUAUGACUAUUUACGUGGGAAGACUAUACAAGGUGUUCGAUGAAAUCAUCGACCAACGAUUGGUCUCUAGAGCUUCACUUCCUUCUCCGACUAGGAAUAAUGAUCUAUUAGAUAUACUACUCGAUCAAGAUAGCAGUUCAGAAUUUAGCCGUCACGAUAUCAAAUCGUUGUUUGGGGACAUAUUUGUAGCGGGGACGGACACGACCUCUACGACAUUAGAGUGGGCGAUGGCUGAACUACUUCAUAAACCAGAGUCGAUGGUGAAGGCUCAAUUGGAGCUGCAAGAAAACGUUGGAGAUCGUAAACCAAUGGAGGAAACUGAUGUCGCUCGGCUCCCUUAUUUACAAGCGGUGGUGAAGGAGACCUUGCGGCUGCACCCACCAGCUCCGCUUUUGCUCCCUCAUAAAGCAGAAGCUGAAGUGGAGAUCUGUGGGUUCACUGUGCCGAAGGAUGCCCAAGUGCUGGUGAACGUGUGGGCUAUUGAGCGAGAUCCCAGCAUAUGGACGAAUCCGGAUUCGUUUGUUCCUGAGAGGUUCUUGGGGUCGUCGGGGAUUGAUGUCAGAGGCCGAGACUUCGAGCUCACACCGUUCGGGGCUGGGAGAAGGAUCUGUCCGGGGAUGCCACUUGCGUUGUCGAUGGUGCACCUGAUGUUGGCUGCACUUCUACAUUCGUUUGAUUGGAAGAUUGAAGGUGGGAUAAGCCCCAAUGACAUGGACAUGGCCGAUAAGUUUGGGAUCACCUUGGAGAAAGCUCUGCCCCUUAGAGCGAUACCACAUGAGGCGACACGGUCUUGACUCUUGAGGGUAAUUCAAUUUAUAUUUUAUCUGUAUUGAGAAGGAAAUGAUAUUGUAGGAAAGUGGAUCAGGUUCUCAGGAUUGUGGUCCAACAGUUGGAAUAAGGCCUCCUUGUAAGCUCGAUGAGUUUGGCUUGUAAUGACUAAUGAAUCCAUUAAUAACUUACAGUUAGUUAAU